AAUUUGUAAGCCGAUCCGCCGCCCAAAGCCAUCAGCAAUCCUUAGCAUAGGGGCACACUCAUGCAUUCCUGUCAAGUCAUCUUGUGAAGGCUGCCUGCUUCCAGCUUGGCUUGGAUGUGCAACCUUAAUAAAACUCACUGAGGUCUGGGAGAAAAUAGCAGAUCUGCUGCAGAUAGGGUAGAGGAAAGGGGCUAGAAUAUGUACUCGCAGCUGACGCGGGCAGGCUCCACGCUGAACGGUUACACAGAGAGGAAACAAUAAAUCUAAGCUACUAUUGCAAUAAAUAUCUCAAGUUUUAACGAAGGAAACUAUCAUUACAGUUAAAUUUUUUUUUCAAGUAACGCUUUUUUAGAACAAAGCUAACAAAUGGCUAGUUUUCUGUGGAUCUUCUUCAAACGCUUUCUUUAACGGGGAAAGAGUCAAACAAGCAGUUUUACCUGAAAUAAAGAACUAGUUUAAAGGUCAGAAGAGAAGAGCAAGCUUUGCAGGAGGCUCGGAAGGCAAGCGCUGGCAGUACAAUGACAGUUUUCCUUUCCUUUGCAUUCUUCGCUGCCAUUCUGACUCACAUAGGGUGCAGCAACCAGCGCCGAAAUCCAGAAAACGGAGGGAGAAGAUAUAACCGGAUUCAACAUGGGCAAUGUGCCUACACUUUCAUUCUUCCAGAACACGACGGGAACUGCCGUGAGAGUGCGACAGAGCAGUACAACACCAACGCUCUGCAAAGGGAUGCUCCACACGUGGAGCCGGAUUUCUCUUCCCAGAAACUUCAGCAUCUGGAGCAUGUGAUGGAAAAUUAUACUCAGUGGCUGCAAAAACUUGAGAAUUACAUUGUGGAAAAUAUGAAGUCGGAGAUGGCCCAGAUACAGCAGAAUGCUGUUCAAAACCACACGGCCACCAUGCUUGAGAUAGGAACCAGUCUCUUAUCUCAGACUGCAGAGCAGACCCGAAAGCUGACAGAUGUUGAGACCCAGGUACUAAAUCAAACAUCCCGACUUGAAAUACAACUGCUGGAGAAUUCAUUAUCAACAUACAAGCUAGAGAAGCAACUUCUCCAACAGACGAAUGAAAUCCUGAAGAUUCACGAAAAAAACAGUUUAUUAGAGCACAAAAUCUUAGAAAUGGAGGGAAAACACAAAGAAGAAUUGGACACCUUGAAGGAGGAGAAAGAAAACCUUCAAGGCUUGGUUUCUCGUCAGACAUUCAUCAUCCAGGAGUUGGAGAAGCAACUUAGUAGAGCUACCAACAACAACAGCAUCCUGCAGAAGCAACAACUGGAGCUCAUGGACACAGUUCAUAACCUUGUCAGCCUUUGCACUAAAGAAGUUUUGUUAAAGGGAGGAAAAAGAGAAGAAGAGAAACCAUUUCGAGACUGUGCAGAUGUAUAUCAAGCUGGUUUUAAUAAGAGUGGAAUCUACACUAUUUAUUUUAAUAAUAUGCCAGAACCCAAAAAGGUAUUUUGCAAUAUGGAUGUGAAUGGGGGAGGUUGGACAGUAAUACAACACCGUGAAGAUGGGAGCCUGGAUUUCCAGAGGGGCUGGAAGGAGUAUAAAAUGGGUUUUGGGAAUCCCUCUGGUGAAUAUUGGCUUGGGAACGAGUUCAUUUUUGCAAUAACCAGUCAGAGGCAGUACAUGCUGAGGAUUGAGCUGAUGGACUGGGAAGGGAACCGAGCCUACUCACAGUACGACAGAUUCCACAUAGGAAAUGAAAAGCAGAACUAUAGGUUAUAUUUAAAAGGUCACACAGGGACAGCAGGCAAACAGAGCAGCUUGAUCUUACAUGGUGCUGAUUUCAGCACAAAGGAUGCUGAUAACGACAACUGUAUGUGCAAAUGCGCCCUCAUGCUAACAGGAGGUUGGUGGUUCGAUGCCUGUGGCCCUUCCAAUCUAAAUGGAAUGUUCUACACUGCGGGACAAAAUCAUGGAAAACUGAAUGGGAUAAAGUGGCACUACUUCAAAGGGCCCAGUUACUCCUUACGUUCCACCACCAUGAUGAUCCGGCCCUUGGACUUUUGAAGGUGCCAUGCCAGUAUUAGAAAGCUGCAAAGAAAUCUGGGCAUGUUCCCAGAUGAGAAGCUAUUCAGAGGCUUCAGAUACAACGAGCAUUGUCUCCCUUCCAGCAGCAAGUGGUUAUGUCAUGUCACUGGGUACUUGACCAUGGAUUUGGAGCCUUCUGAGGUCAACAGAAUCGCCACUUGUAUCCAGAGAAUGCCACUCACUAUCAUGUUUAAAAGGGAAGAAACUUCUCAGCUUGCUGCACUUCAAAGUGCUACUGGAUCACAUUCUGAACUCUUAACAUCCUGAUGCUGAAUCCAACUUGUUUCAUGUAAGAGCACAAGAAGAAGAAACAGCAAAGGAUGUACAUGAAAGAAAAUGGGAACAGGCUUGCCAGAAUCUGUUGGAGAUGGAUUGUGGAAGUGACCUGGUGUCACUGUAGGAAAUCCUGCUAACAAUACGUCACUGCCCAAAAGGGACAUAAAGAAAAGUUUUGUCUACUGAGUUGGCUAAAAGUUAGUGGAGUUCACCUGCCCAUUUCCAGUAUCAUAUUUACUAGUUGAUUUCAGUUUUCCUGUGUUCAAAUGUAAACUCUUUUCUUGUAAGCCAUGAUACAAUAUAGUACAUGGAGGAUAAGAGUUGGGGGUAGAAGGUGCCUAAAGACUCUUGAGUUUCUGGGGAUUCAGUUUUCAAAAGAUAUAAAAUAUAAUCAAGAAUGGAUAAAACAGGUGAAAAUCACACUCAUGCUACAGUGUUCCUUUACCUGAAAUUUGACUAACUGAUCCACAAGAAUGUUUAGAGCCUGAGUAUAUAUAAAGACUGGAAGUGUUAUCAUUCAGUUCUCAAAACAAUAAGCAGGCAGUUAACAUUCUCAUUGACAGUAUAUAGGAGAGCAAUGUGUGGAGUACUUGUGUUGGAACAGCCCAUUGUACAGAUCUUGCAUGUAUUUGCGUAUGUAUGGCAUUAUUAUUUUUAAAGUGUUCAUGGGCCUUCAAUUCUUCAUCCAGAUUUUUCAUGCUAAUUUAAUUUUUGUUAAUUAACUGCAAUGUACUUACUAAAUAUAUCCUACUCCAGUUUUUUAUGAGUUAUACUUUAAAGUCUACAAACAAUAGAAGAAUUUUAAAUAUCAUUGUACAUAAUAUCAUAUACCUGUCCAUGCUAAACUCAAUAACUGUUUAGUCUGGAAUAUAUGAUGCUGUUCACAACUGAUGACUAUAAAUAUGAUUGUUUAAAGACAGUUACCAUACUAUUGAUUAAAUAUAUUACUCUGCAUAGUUUUUAUCCUCCAGGAUCUGUUUCUUCAAGCAAUUUCUACCUUGUAAAAUAAUGGUAGUAGAGAAAAUUGACAUAACUCCUUGUACAAAAGAAUUAUAGAAAAAAAAUUACAGUCAUUUGACUAGGAAGUUUCUGAUUGUCAGCUGCUAUAAGUGCCUUAGUUAAGAUGCCCCUGUGUUAUAAUAUGUAGUAAGUGAAGUUUUGGACACAGGAUUCUGUGAUAACCUGAUGUGACUGCAGUAUUCUAUCAAGUGCUCUUUGUUGUUAAAUGUUCAAGGUUACAGUAGAAAAAACAUUCAAUCAAACACAAUUUGCCAUGAAAGGAGAGAACUAAAUGUAGACAUCAGUUCUGUUUUCUCAGAGAAGGAGAAGACUUUCUGGGACAUACAUGUACCAAAAUAUAAAUCUUGAUAAUUGCAGCCACAAAGCCUUAGUGACUUUCCUCUACCUGGUAAAACAAAGCUCUUCAUGCUUUUAUGAAAAGAUUCUGAAUGUUUACCACCACAUCUUUCUUAUAUUUAUAUGUGUUCAUAAAGUACCAUUUUGCCUUACAGGAGGUAUGUGCAGACAUUACAGAAUUUUUCUACUAUACUACUACUGUGACUCCUUCACAGCUCUCUUAAGCCUAUCCCUCUAAAAGCUUCCUUCUCAUUUAGAUGAAAGAAAAUGAGUAUUUUUGUGAUUCUGGUGAUUGUGGUUGUUGUUGUUGUUGUUCCCACAGAUGUUUGAAAACUCAUCUUUGGUAAAUUGUUUUUCAAUCCACAUUACAAAAAUAGAGCGAAACAAGGAGAAAAAAAAGCAUGGAAUUUACUGAUUUGUUAUGUGGGUUUGAAAAAUAAGAUAUUGUUUUCAGUUAUUUAUAAUAAAGCAGUAUAAUGUGUACAUUGUAUAAUGCCAACAUGUGUGUAGCAAUUUGAUAUGCAUAGCUUUUUGCAUUUAAUUAAUGCAGGGCAGAAAAAUUAGAUACUAGAACUUUGUCUUUAAGUUUCUAUUUCAAUAAAAGCUGUGUCAUUUCUAUGAAAAUGUCUUCAUAACAUUACAUUAUUUCAUUUAAAUAAAAUUGAAAAUAAUGUGUGCAA